UGGGCCCAAGUAAGUGCUGCACUGAAGCUCCAGGGUCAGUUGUUGCUGUUGAAGUUUAUAGUUCAGUAACCUGAGAGCUAAAACUGCUUGCAAACAACUCGUUUUACUCAUUUAAUACCAGUUAAGCUUUAGUUUUAUCCACUAUUGCUUUUGCUGUGUUUUGCUGAUGCUGAUUCACAACUUGACUAAGGGGGGAUCUGUGAGGGGGGUCACAAUAUCAAUCAAUAGUAUAAGUAAUUUUAUGAGUACUUCCUCAUUUAAAAGAUUGUCCAAUUUGCCUUUUCACGUGUUCUGCCAUCAGUCCUGCAUCUGUGGACACUUGCUGGCGUCAGCAAUAUUUGUUCAGAGCAGUUUGUUAAAAAUAAAGAAAACAUUUUAUUCUAUUUAAUUUACAUAGUUUUAUUUAAUUGAACGUGCAGGGCAGAAAAUAUGCAGUUCCGCAAUCUGUGUGGCUUUCACUCAUGGUGUCUGGACUCCUAUGGGUUCUUCUUAGCUGUUUCCUAGCAGACCUUUUCUAUAUCUGGUCGUCCUGAUGCUGCAUUCUUCGUGUUAUAUAGCUGUACUCUGACCUGAGUUAGUCUGCACAGAUUUAGACUUUUUCACUUGCAAUUGCUGCGAUGAGAGAUAAGAUGUGCCAAAUGCCACAAAGGAAAUUCUCAACCCUAUGUAGGAUUUUUUCCUCUCUCAAAUACUCAUGAAUUUAGUAAGUGAUACAACUUCUGCUUGGUGCAUAACGCGUGUAGUAACUUCACUAUGGGGCUGUUUACACAAUGGCUGGUGGUCCUCACUCAUCAAUGAGUGGGCAAAAUUAGACAUGGGAGCCAGUCAGUGCGAGUAAAACUGUAAUUGACACGGGAUAAAACCAAUGGAUUGUGUUAGGAUUGGAGUCUCAGAGUUGUAUUGGUCACGCUCCUGGACCAACCCUUAUUUGCUAAACCAAUUAACAGAAGUCGGAGUUGAUUGCCUGCGUCUACGACCAAUCAUGGGCUUUGAUUUUAUAACAGGCGGGUCUUUAUGAUGAAGGGGUGGAGUGUCCGAGGUCAUUCAGUCCCUCUCCAAUUCACUCUAUCGGCGUGUGUUUGUGGGGACGGGUAGCAGGAGUAAGGAGUCGCCGGGCGGUAGCGCACCUCGAACGCCUUUUGGGAAAGACACACCAGUGAAAAUUGCACCACAGACUGAAGAAACCAUCCCCGGUGGCGACUUGUGGGAAAUUAUUCAACGUAACGUCUGCGCCAUACGCUUAACCAACAAACGCAACCAGGCUAUCAAAUGCUAGCCAGCUAGCAUCCCUGAAAACUGUCGGGAUUGAAGGUGUUGAUAGCUAGCCUCCCAGCUAAUUAUCCAUCAGUUAGCGUCCUCCAGCGGCAGCACUAUUAGCUCCCCUUCCCUCCUCGCGCACGUUGAGACCUUUCCAUCGCUCGUGGCGGUUUCAUACAGCUCGCGAGCUUCAAAUUCUCCGUUCAGGCAGAAAAACAGGGUCCGGAGCUUCAAACGAGCCACAGCUGGAGACAGCGUCUGCGCUGCUUUAGUUGACACCAUCACACCCAUCUCCCCAACCCCUUCUCCUCUGCCCCUCUUCCUCCACCCGAAACACUGGAAAUCCACAAGCGGCCGGAUAGCGGCGAAGGGCCGGCGAAGCUGGGGGUGGUAACGUUACCGGACUCGCACGGAGUCGUAACGGCUACAGACAAGCUCAGCCGUGGGGAGCUACCGACAGCGAUGGACGGACUGGCCGUGGAAGUUCGCGGUUCGAAUGGGGCCUUCUACAAGGUAACCAGGUUACUUACUGUCGUAGUUCGUAGGUGUCCCGGCUAAAAGUUUAGUUUCAGGAAUAAAAUACAGUUACGGUUCUUUGCUCUUAUCCCAGGCCUAGUUGGCCCUUACUUUCCUAACGCUUGCUAACGUCCAGUUUGUAAAAGCACCAUGGUUAUGUCUUCUAUCAGGACUGGCCAUUGUGGGGUGGGCAGCUAGCUCCAGCUAGCUGAUAAGCUAGGUGCACUUGUCAUCAAGAUAUGGAGUCUGUAUUUUGACUUUUUCAGCAAGUAUCAAUAUCGACGUAAGGCACACCACGAGACACAAGUAUAUCAAUUGUUGACAUAAAUCUGUGUUUCUCCCGACAAAAUCCUUAGAUAAGAUGAUGGGAUGAGCUGCUCAACAGACAGCUGUUUUGCAGUUAUUGCGCACAAGUAUGAUGAGAUGCUACAUCAAAGCUGAUUUAUUUACCGGAUCUCCUGGCCCAUGUUUUUGCCAACACAACCUAAAAUGGUCUACUAUUUAGACUAGAAAGAAAGAAGUGUUUUGGUUUCUGUUUCAUUUCUGCCCCAUUUUCAAAAGAAAGUGUACUUUCAUAUCCAGACACAUGACUUGGAGUUUUUGUUGAUGCUGUGUCACAGCUACAUCACUGUUGAGAUAGCAACUCUGUAACUCCAAGAGAUGUUUUUAUAUAUAUUUCAGAGAUGAAUAUCAAAUUAUAAUAUUGAGUGUCAAUCUUAAACAAGAGUGGAGUUUCAGAUUAUAAAGUAAACCGUUUGAGUAAUCCCAGGGUGAGACUACAGGCAUGUCUCAACAGCAAAUUCAAAAAAGUCACAUAAGUAGUACUUGAAAGGGAUUCCAUAUGUGUACAUAGAGAAAUACUAUAAUGCCUAAAAUGUAAUAAUACUUUAACAAAAUUAAUGCUCUUGACUCCUUAUGGUGAAAAUACAGUUUGAAUAUGAAUCUCUUCAUGAGUCAGUUCCACAGAUUUGAAUCCAAGUAAUUCUGGAGUUUCUGUCUUGGUUUGGGAUUUUCAUAGAAAUAAAUCAAGCUGGUAUAGAUCAUUCCAACUUGAAGAGAAAAACUGAUUCCUGUAGAAAGAUCUAAAAGUUUGAUAAAGUUGUUAAUUUCAUUGACUGUAGUGAUAACACAUUUACUUCUCCACAUGCUCGCCUUCUCUGCUCUUUCUUCAGCUGGUCAACCCUGCCACAUGGUGGUUCAGAGAUGAGCCUAUAUUUACUCCCCUCAUGCUGCUUCACCUGUUGUUCUGUUUUACAGGGUGACAGUUUAGCUCUGGCGUCAAUGAAUGCUUUCCACCCAUGUCUAUCAUGGCCAUUAUCUCAUGGCUCUCAUUUUGAGGAUGAGACGAACACUCAAUGUGUCAGAGUCAUUCUUAACAUCAUAUCACGGCAGAUUAGUUGUUCUUGAUGAGGGAUCACCUCAAGCAUAAAGCAUUAGUAUUUUUUCCCUUUUUGUGACUGACAUACUGGGUAAUAGAUUUAAGGUUUUUCUUCUUUUAAAAAAAAACUAAAAACCUCAUCAUGUUAUGUGUCAAGCUGAAACAUUUAGUUUUUGCUUUUAAAACAUGAACAGGAACUGUAUUUAUGUACCUGUCAGAGCAAUGCACCAGCAUUCUGACAGUAAAUUUCUGGCCAACACAAUGGCAGGAGAAUGACAUUUUAUUGGUUUUAAAGUCUGCUUCUUCCUCAGCAGUGAGCCCAAACCAGAAAAGCUUAUGAAAACCUACAGGACCACUCAAACCUGCUAUUUGGAUUGAUUCUCUACACAACUGGAGUACUCAAAAAAAAAAAAAAAAUUGCAGGGAUUCACGAUUGAGUUUUUGUACAAAAAUGUCUCGUGCAUACCCAGUGGAUUUAUCUGAACACCACAAGUGAUUUUGUGACAAAGCCAGACCUACAACUUCUUCAUUCAACCCAUUCUCGUGACACCUUGGUUGUCACUCAGGUCUUCAUGUGCCUUCAAGGCUGAUGCUACGUCACAGCUGUUGCCUGUGACCCUAGUCUGCCCCCCGUUUUUCCACUAGUCAUGCCGUGCUAGAAAGAGGGCUUGCCUGCCUCUUGACCUGGUAGUACUAGGUGGAAGCAACUCCUAAUCUGACAUAACAUGGUAUGCAGCUGCCACCAAGUGUAACCAUUGGAAAUUAUAGGAUGGGGACCUGUAGUCAUUGCUGACAAUUUCUUCUAAAGCAAGCCAGAUCUUGUAGAAUUUGACAUAAAUUUUGCAUCAAUGUAUUGAUUGAAAAUCUAAGUUACAGCCAAGAGUUGGUUGCUUCAGGCAGUAUUUCUUAAAAUCUUUAGAGAUUUGUUCCUACUCUGAAAUUUAUUUGACUAAAAUGAGCCAGCUCAGAAAUGGGUAUUUUUGUGGUGGGCCAGUGCACCUAGUGGCUGUUCGAUCUCCUUCUUUUCCUAAAGUUUUCAGAACUAUUAAGAGUCUUGAUACAUCAGUGUGUUGCAGAUUUCAUCAAAUAGUUAAGUUGUUGCCUUUUAAUGAUGGUGGAUUUAAUUUCAGUUAAAACAGUGGUUAUCUAACAAAGCUGCACCAAUUAUUACUUAAAAGCAACCAUGUGAUUAAAAGAUAAGGGCAGCUAUAGACCCCUCUCCCCACAAUACAGAAGAGCAAAAAUCCAUUAUAGGAUUUAAAAUCAGCAUUUAGAUAUUUUGAUAAGGUAUUUUUAGUAAUUUUUGUUAAUUAAGAUGACAAAUAAGGUAUUUGUUUUAACUCUGCAACUAAACAUUGACCUACUCCAGUUUGAGAAAUACGAUCUCAAAGGGUGUAAAUAUACUGUAGUGUCUUCCUCAGGCUUGGAACUGUAGCUAAUUAAUGCAAUGCAUAGACAGCACCUUCUCAGCAGGUGAAACCACACAUAUCUACCCCCACACAUGCUUGCAAAUGAAGCCUGACUUCUCUGUCCCAUAUACGGUUACGUGUUGCACUGAGAGACCAGCCACACCCACCACUUUCCUCUCGUCUUGUGGUUGCUCAGAGCAGGGGAGGGGUUGCUGGUCAAAGUUUAGGGCCCUGUGACAGAUUUGUGGAUGGUCUUGAUGGACGAGUAACAAGUUGAGGUGACCUUUCUUUUAAUGGCUGUCACUGGGAUAUCACAUCAUACACAUAAUGUCUGUAUAAGCUUGACUGAGUGAGGGACUGCCAUCCCAUCCGCAUACAUGAGCCUUCUCGUACAACUAUACUGUCAACCACUUAACAUACACACUGAGAGCUAAUGUAGUUUAAUUCUGUAUGUAUGUGUGCGAGAGAGAGAGAGGGAGAGAUUUCCAGGCUGUCUGUCCUGUCAGGAGGAGUCAGUGUUCCUCAUCACUCUAUCCAGAACUGAAUUCACAGCCAGAGAAUUGUGUCAGCAGUGUGAUGUCUUGACUUCCAAAAAAACCCGAGAUGCUCUUUUUUUCCAGCAGCAACAGUCACAGUAUUUGGUCUCGCCCGGCUGUGUGUGUUGUUUACAUGCAGACUCAAACGCUCCCAGCCCCACCCCUCAUCACUGUCUGCUACUUGUGCAUUCAUGAGUGUAAAAAUCCUUCUCUCUCUCUGCUUUUUCUUUUUAGGGUUACAUCAAAGAUGUCCAUGAAGACUCUGUUACAAUCGUCUUUGAAAACAAGUAAGUGUGCUCUCCUGUUUAGCUCCCCUUCUGUGUCGGCUUUAUGGUAAGGGUGCAUGUGGGGGAAUUAAGCUUGAACUGGGGCAAUUAAGAGGAACAGCAACUGCUGAAGGUUCAACCCAAACCAUCCUCCCUAGCACCUGUGUUUGGCGUGCAGCUGUUCGUUCAUGUCUCUGACAGUUUUUUACCUCCUGUUCUGACCCCUCCUGCCCUUGCCAUCCUGAUAGCUUGCUUUCGUAUACUCCUAGUCCCACCCACUGUCCUUUUCCAACUCUCCCCCUCCCACCCAUCUCUCUGGUCCCUUUUUAUCUACUUGGCUCAGAGUGUAGAUCAGGGUGCCCCUAAAAAUAGUGGUACAAGGUAUGUAGGGUGGGAGGGAGAGUGGAGUGUGAGUGCAAUUUUGGGACGAUUCUUACUCCCCCUCUUCUUUGACUUUCUCUGAGCACAUGGAGGUGUUAAGAGCAGCUGACAGUGUUAAAUGAAUGACCAUCUUAUUUUGUGAAAUUCUAAUGAUAUUCAUCAAACAUGAAAAAUUCCUUUGACAUGUUAGAUUUAUAAUAUGCUUUAGGUUUGAACAUGGCUGGUUUUCAUUUAGGUUUUCAGUGUGAUUAUCUCGGGUUUCACCUUUGCAGACCAUUUACUGAACCUUAUGGCGCUUUAUGUGCUGAGACAUCUUACAAUGAACACGGUCACCCACUGUCCAGACACAGUUCUUCUGAAGUUCCUCAUUAAACUUAAUGAGCCAUUUUAAUUCUUAUAUUCAUUAUGUCAGUUAAUGUGAGCAGUGCCUGGGCUAUUUACCCGUCAUUUCUCUGCAUCAGUGAAAAGGAACUUUUUGUGCACUGUUACAUCUGUGCAGUUGUACAGGGGUGGAUGGAAACUAAAGUCGUUUACUCAUGAUGUUGUAAUUGAGUAACUUUUCUGUCUACUUGUCUUUUUUAGAAGUUUUAGGGUGGGAAAUAGGCCCAAAAGUACAUAUCACAAUGUCAAAAGAAUCUGAAUUUUAUCAUAAUUUUUCACUUUUGUUCUUGAGGUUAUUUUGCAAGUUACUGAUCAGUACAACCAAACUGAUUUCCCUGUUUAAUAAUAAAGUCUUCAAGAAAGUAAGAGUACACACAAUACAGGCUAAAGUAUCUCACUGAUCAGAUUUAUUCUGUGUGUGCAAUUUGAGCAGCCCAGUGGUCAAGUACAGCUAACAUUAAACAAGAAUGCUGGUAUAAAGAAGACUUCAGGAACUCUCAGACAUUGUUCCUAAAUUCAUUAACUAACGAUGUUCAGUCAUAGAACACUCAAGAUUACGCUCGCUUAAAGAAAAGCUAGCUUUUUAAGCUUGUACAUCAGUCUCCUUACAUAACCAUUGAUCUCAAUGAUACACACCUCGGAUUACUGUAUGAGUUCUAUCAUAAGGUUUAACACACCAUCAGUCCAUGAUCUAAUGAAAACAUAUGAAGGUAGAAGUUAGGGAAAGUGAGAAGAGAAUAAAUCCAUUGAUCAUCAUCAAGAAAUGAUCAACAAAUCAAGCCUGAACUCAAACACCUACGAAACCAUACAGAAGAGUAUCCACACAGGCUGAAUUUAUAUUGGAGUUUAACCCUUUGUUUCUAAGCACACAGUUUAUUCUGCAUGAUUCAUGUCUGACAGGAGAGAACAUAUAAAACAUAAUCUUAACCAUAUUUUAAACUACUUAAACUUGAAUUAUUUUUUCAAAUAAUAAGUGUUAUUCAGUAUUUCAGUAUGCGACAACUAUUUUUUUUAGAUGAGCUAAGAUAAGAUAUACCUUUUAUUUGCCCCACAGGGGGAAAUUCCAAAAACUCACAAAACAAAAUAGAGAACAAAAGAUGCAAACGAAAUAGAAAAAAAGAGAAGAAAAACUCCUUAGAGUUUGCAGAGCUGCUGUAAAAGGCUGCCACUCAUCCAGCGCUGGAAGUGAAGAGAGUGAAGAUAGAGUAAAGCCCUGUCUUUGUGUUUACCAGCUGUGCAGUACACUGCAAAUAACUCCUAUAAAGUUGGAUCUUCAAACACAGCUUAACAACGAAGGAGACCAUUCAUGGGGUUCAUGUGCUGAGCAUUGUAACUGAUGUCAUACAUUGCAGGCUUAUGCUUGCAAACAAACACAUGCUGACAAUAUAAUGUGCCAAUACCACAAUCUGUCUGUAUUUGCAGGUGGUAGACAUAUUCUAAUCCCUCACAAUCUUGAUGAUAAUGUCCUUUUUGAUACCCCUGACCGUACUAUUACUUAUUUAUUUUCUGUUUAAGUUUUUCACUUCACUACAUUUUACAAAACAUAAGCAAAAAAAAGCAAAACAGAGGCAAACAUUUGAAAAACCAAGCCAGCUGAUUUGCUGAGGUCUAUCACCCGACAGUUAAGUGAGCUCAACGGUCACAUAGAGGAAGAAUACACAUUCUGGCUCUAACAUCACAACAAUGACGUUGGAGGUAUAUUAAUAGAUACAAUAAGUAAUUUUACUACAGUAGGUUCACAAGAGUUGAAUAUUUUCCAACUCUUUCCACUCCUGCCAUUACAUUCAUUUUUAACCUGUGAGAUUGUUGAUAAGCCAACAAGUGCUUGUGUCUGUGUCGUCCUUCCACAGCUGGCAGCCAGAGAGACAGUUGCCCUUCAGUGACGUGCGGUUGCCUCCUCCAGCCGACUACAACAAGGAUAUUGGUGAAGGAGAGGAGGUGGAGGUAAGGCCUUCUGCCCUGACCACUCAGUUAUUUUCAACAUUUUAACCCAAAUAUCAUGUAAUGCUCUUAUUUUUUUAUUACACAUGAGCUGCACAGUUUGGGCUUGAAAUCGAAACCGAAUUUCACAACAUGUUCAGAAUUUUAGUCAAUGUUGCGACCGUAUUUUAAGCAGCUUCUUUCACUCUCACCUGCUUGCUGCUGCUGAGAGAAUAGAGUAGAUGAGUUAAGAUAUUUGCCACAGACUUUGAACAAACUUUACAGAGACUGUGGUUUGUACCUGAUGAGUCAACAAAUGAAGCACUUUCACAUGACUGAGGAGACUUUAAACAAGCUCCUCCAUUAUUUUUCAACAUCCACCACAUGUGAACAUGUAAGCAUUUAAUUUAUGCGUGAAAAAAGUCAGUAGCCCAGCGUUUUCAUCCCAAUUAUCUGGGUUUAUUAAGGAAAAUUGUUUGAAUUUGUUACAGUUGUCAUGAAUAGCUGUUUAAAUUUCAUUCACUGCUCAGCACUACUCUGCAUUUCAUCAGAUUAACUCUUUAUCUGUAUCAGCUGUUUUUAAUCACUUACUAUCACGUUACACCAGCCAAAGCUGUCUCAGGCAAAAAUGUUAUGAGGUACUUAACAUUUUUUAACUGUCUGUGAAAUAUUGAAUAAUUUUUUAACUACAUAUGUGGAAUAAUGUCCAUCUCACAACAGCGCUUCGUCGUAUGAAGGAUGGGCAGGAUUCCAUUUAUGACUCAGUAUAGAUCAUAAAUACCAAUAGCUUGCUGGAGAUGCAGCCAAGCCCACAUUUACUGUCAACACAUCUUCCUCUCCAAAACAAACUGUCUGGGCCGAGUUAAUGAGUGUAAUAAUUCUAUUUUCUCUGACUCAGCCGUAAUUCACAAUGUGCCUUUCUUCAGGUAUACUCCAGGGCCAACGAACAGGAGCCAUGUGGCUGGUGGCUGGCCCGGGUCAGAAUGAUGAAGGGAGAGGUGAGUUUGAGUGUUGGACUACUGCUGCGCUUAGCGUAACAUCAGCUGCUUUGUGUUCAUGCUGUAUUUGUCGAGUUGUCAUUUUUACACAAACCCAUAUCUGUCUACUGUUUGCCUUUUGUCAUUUUAACAGUGUUAAUUUUGACAACCACUUUGAUUUUAGCUUAGUUUAGUUUGAGUCAUUUUGGGGUGUACAUAGAAUCUGCAACGUUUUUGUCCUCCUCUUGUAUCCCUGAGAUGAGCAGUUGUACAGUGCAAAGAUCUGUAAAGGGUUACAAAGGAAAAAAAAACAUUGAGCAUGUUUACAUGACACUCGAGAAAACCGAAGUACUGCCUUACUCCGAUUAAGACCAGUCAACUGAGGCGCAUGUAAACACCUUAGUCCGACAAUAAUCGGAGUUUGAGAACUCUGAUUGGAGUGGGCGAACUCCGAUUAAGACACCCAGAUAAUGCAAUUGGAAUUCAAUUUUCUCUACCAUGUAACCAGCGUAGUCAGAGUAUGAUCGGACAAUGCAUGUGCGCGUACGCCACGCCCCGUAACCCCGAAACAAAAACACCAGAGAAGAGGAGUAGCGUGCUCCUCAUCUGCAGAAAAAGUAGAGCUUACAUCAUGUACAACAAAAACAACGCUGUACGAUGCUCCAUCUUCCUGCUUGAAAAUGCCCAGCAGCAGUUGUAGCCACUUCUGAUGUCUGGCACUGACCUGCUGUUGUUGUUGAUAGUUGUAUGGGAUCAGAAACCGCGCCGCUGAAAAGACCCAUAUCGCCUCUUAGUUUUGGGGAGGAGGACACGUUCAUGUUAAUAAUUCAAUUUUCUCAGCUGCAUGUAUACGCGAGAGAAGUCCGAUUUGGCAAAAAUAAACGAAUUAUGAGCUCAGUCCGAUUAAGCUGUGCAUGUAAACGCACUGGUUAAUGUACCUGGUUGUCCAGAUCAGAACCCACUGGUCCCUCUAAGAGAACAUUAUCACCAGACAUCUUGCUAUUGUUUCCAUUGACAGUUUGUUUAACAUCAACAUUGCUGUCUGUAUUUUAUCAUGAAAAGUGAGGAGUCAACUUACACUGGACACUAUUGUGAUCAUAUUAACAGCAUUCUAGAAAAGUAAACAGGUAAAGAUAAAUGAGUUUUUAAUAACCGACAUCUGUGAUUGAAUUGACAAAAAAAAGAAAAACAAGUUUAACUAUGGUGUUUGAUUUUUUUUCUCCUUUUGGAAAUUACACACAAUCUAUCUGACAAAAAAAAGUUGCACAAAAACUUGCACCUCCCAGACAACCACUCUUCAAUCGACUAUCACAGCACUCAAAGGGAUAACCCCCUCAUGUCAGCGGCACCAAAUCAGCCUUUUUAAUGUGAGAAACAUUAUUAAGUAGAAACAGAUCAUCAGACAACAACCAGUGAAACAUGGUGUGCUGUGUAGCUGACGCUUGUUUAUACACAUUUCUGUUUGGGCAGUGUUUCUGAGCAAACUUGAAACUUUGAGGUUUUUCACAUAGAAAAGAAGUUCCUAGAAGAGGUGGUGUGACUUGAAUAAAUACCUUGAGCACAUCCUGCUCAUUCUGGCAGCACAUGUUUUGCCUUUGUGUUUUUUUAAAUCCGCUUUCUGCCUCAGCCUGUCUUAAUUAAUUCAAACAUCACAGUGACACAAAAGCUUAUUUAAAAGCACAACAUGUUGCUGUUGUUGUCUCAUGAAGCAAAAUACAAUUAAGACUGCUAUGUUUUUUAAUCCGGCCUAAUUUUCCUAAUCUUCCCAGUGCUUCAGAUGUGGUGGAAACAGCAGUAUGCGGGAGAUGCGUUGGUUCUUUUGUUUUAGCUCCAUAGACCUACAUUUUCUAUGGCUGUUUGUUUUGGGGUUUUUUUGUCUAAAAGGGGCUCAUCAUAUAGAGAAAAUUGUACUUUUUGUUGGAAAAAAACCCCCAGCUCGGCUCGCUUGCUCUGUAUCCGAGUAUUUAAUGAUGAGCAAUAAUCCUUCACUUUGCCUCAGUGUUCUGUUGUAUUGCCAGGAAGUUUUUUCUAUUGAGUUGAGUGCUUCUGUAUGUAAAGUGAAUUCAGGCCUGUAGUAAGAAACCCAUUCUAUGGUGAUGAGCUCCGAGUCGGUAUGUCGUGAUAUGGUCUGACACACCCCUUACUUUUUCUUGUCACCAGCUGCUGCCAGAAUUGUAGCUCACCUACUUUGGUUUCCCACUUUUUACAAUAUUCUACUUAUCUUUCUCACCAGCAUGAUCUGCAGGUUGAAUAGUGGGUCAGUGGGAUAUGGAAAGGACAGCUUUGUCGUGCUACUGUGCCAGGGGAGGCGCUGCUCGUAUAGUGCUGUUAUUUGGAGCAGCCUGAUAAGAGCCAGCAGGAAUGUCUAGCAUUGACUGAUGGCUUUAAUUCUGUCCUUUGAGCAUGGAGUGUGCAGCGCUCAUCUCUUCUUCCCCCUCUUUCGAGUCCCCUUUUAUUUUCUACAUUCCACCGUUUUUCUCUGCACCUCUCUCCUUUGUAAUGAGAAGUGUCAUUUCUUAAUUUGAGGGCACACAUGAACUAAUCUUCAUCCUGACGGCUAAUUUAUCAUGAUGAUGGAUUUAAAUACAGCUGCUCUGCUCUGUUUCUGUCUUGAUUGUGUUUUUAAAAUUCACAUCAGUUAUCUGAAGUGUCUCUUCAUGACUUUUUCUGAGUCACCAGCCAUUGUUGUCAUAUUUUUGUUCCCAUCAUUAAAAACCUGUGUCUUUUCUGCUGUUUGUUUUAGUUCUAUGUGAUUGAAUACGCAGCAUGCGACGCCACAUACAACGAGAUUGUCACAGCUGAGCGCAUCAGGCCCCUGAACCCAAACAGCCCUUCCUCUCGGAACUCCUUCUACAAAGUCCCCAUCCCUGUCCCAGAAGACCUGAGGGACAUGUGAGUGAUGAUGCGCUGUUAUUUUUUCAGCUGCAUUAGAGAUAACAGGGACACACUAGGCUGAAGGCCUGCUAUUGGCCAGCCGCAGGGGAAAAUAAACAGUUAAAACCUACAAUGACAAUGUAUUUUCCUAAGUGUGUGAAUGGUUAAUUGAAUAUGUGUUUAAUAAGGGUUUUCUUUGAUUUAUGUUACAAUGACCCUCUGCUGCCAAAUGAAUAACAAAGCUGCCUCUCCUGUGGAUUGUUUUCUUAUCAACAGCUGUGCAAAUGACAACAUUCACAAAGACUUCAGGAAAGCUAUCGGAGCGAACUGCAUCUUCUACAGUGCCCAAACACAUGAACUCAUUGUGCUGGUUAGUGCUCGUAACACACACUUCUGCUCACCUCAUGAACACGCCAAUAGCCUUGUUAUAUAUUCACAGAUGGGGGAGCAACACAAAGGAGCUAGAGUAUCUCUUGAAGAGAAAUCUCAAUGGAUUUUUGCAGAGCUUUUGUCUGGUUUGAUUUGGACCCAGCUCAUGCUCAGUAUCUGACUCUUGUCCUCAGAAAGUCAGUUCCAAAAAUUUGUGCUGUAAAAUGUAAAUUAAAAACAGAUUUAGAUGGUUUGCAGGUCACUUAAAUGAAUUAAGAAUAGUUUAAAAACACCUCAUGUAAUGUUGAAAGUGAGAGUUUUAAUUGUUUUAAAGACAUAUUCUAAUUUUAAAGCUUCUAUGAGGAGCCUGGCGAGCACCCCUGAUAGAACAAGGAUACAAGAGUUCCUAUGGCAUAGCUAGCUUGCACAUCUGUAAAGACUCCAUUGAACAAUAUCUAUAGGUUUAGGACCAACAUCUGCCACCAUACAGACAAAGACUUUUUUAGGGAAGACUGUCAUAUUUCAGAAAGAUAAGGACAAACCACAUUUGCAGAUAUAACAGCCCAACUUGGUAGUAGAAGAGUCCAGGUACUAAACUGUCUUGCUUGUAACGCUUUUUUGUGUAUCAUUAAAUAAAACCCCUGCACUGUUGAGAAGUCCUCCAUCAGGCAAGAACAAGACAACAUGUCACUUCUUAAACUCCAGAAACUGGUCUCCUUGCUCCCCAAACGUCACUAGAGUGUUGUAAAUCGAACGUAUGAUAAGAUUAGAUGAUAAACAUGCAGCUGAACCAACUUUUUUGGAAGCUUUUGCUGGCUUUUUAUUUUAAAUGAUCAUGCAUCCGUCAUAAACUGGUAUUAGUACUCCAUUUUUAUCAACGUUAUAAAUAAUAUUCCAGCUGUUUUGGAUUGGAGGUUGUAUAAAAAGAUCUAACCCCCCCCUUUUCAUGAAUUCAGUGUGAUAAGUCAGAUUUGUAACUCUGUCCCUCCUUCGCUAUUCUUUGCAGUCAACAAAUGAAACCACAGUAAAGCGUGCGACUCUCCUGAGCGACAUGCAUUUCCGCAGCAUCCGAACCAAACUCAUGCUAAUGUCCCGCAACGAAGAAGCCACCAAACAUUUGGAGGUAAACACACUCUUUAACAUCCUAAAGUUGUACAAGUCUUGAAUUAAGUUUGUGUGGACAUAACUGCACACCAACCACUCGUGUGUUUUCUUACCCAGACAAGUAAGCAGUUAGCCUCUGCAUACCAGGAAGUGGUGAAGGUCAGGGAGGACCUCAUGGGCCUUGCCAUCGGCUCUCACGGUGCCAACAUCCAGCAGGCAAGGAAGGUGCCUGGUGUCACAGCCAUCGAACUAGAGGAGGAGAGCUGCACAUUCAGGAUCUAUGGAGAGGUACAAAAAAAAACUCCAUGAGCUUGUGUGGUUGUUCUCUAUUCAUCAGUCCUUGGAUAAAUGUGCUCAGGUGUUAUGUGGUCUUGUAUUUGUGUUGUGUUACAGACCCCAGAGGCAGUUAAACAGGCAAGAGAAUAUCUUGAGUUCAAAGAAGACUACUUUCAGGUACCCAGGAACCUUGUAGGUGAGUGAGCUACAAAGCAUUUAUGAAUGAGCUCAUACUGUGUAGGACAGACUCCCACUUCAUGGCCACAGCAUAUAUACAGACUACAAAGACAGUAUUUCAACCUUCUUGUCUCCCUGUCCUUCUCAGGCAAAGUAAUCGGCAAGAGCGGCAAAGUCAUCCAGGAAAUUGUGGACAAGUCAGGCGUGGUGCGUGUCCGGAUCGAGGGAGACAACGACAAAAAGCUUCCCCGGGAGGAGGUAGGCAGGCAGGGGGCAGGCAGGGACGACACUGCCAACAGCAAAGAGGUGAAUGGACCGUUCAGCUGGGUCUCCCAGCCCUCGAUAAACCCCCCUCACGCUCUCUUUUUGCUUUCCAAAAAAGCAAAGCUUCUUAGUUGCAGAGUGUAUAUGUCCUGUGUGUCGUCUGCUUUGACACUGUUCCAUCCUGCUGGUUCUGUCUCUGUUGUUUUGUCACAAGCACUUGUGUUUACUGCUACCAAUACACACAGCACACACUACAGCAUUAACCAGUUCUAUUGGCCAUGUGUGGGCAUUUAGUUGUGCUAGGUCUCUGAUGGGUUGGUAUGUUUGUUUUCAUACGACUUUCUACCCACUUUGUCAAGAAGUGGUCUGUUAUUCACUGAGAAUUUGUAUCUGUGUGUCAGUUCAGAGCUGUGUCCAGGUCACUGAUAUUUCCCCAACAAAGGGGAUGAGCAUUUUAAGUGAUAAUUGUGUAUUCAAUAAAAACACUCAACUCUGUGUCUCCCCUUCUGUGCCUCAUCAGGGCAUGGUACCCUUUGUUUUUGUGGGAACUAAAGAGAACAUCAGCAAUGCCCAGGCUCUGUUGGAGUACCACGUGUCCUAUCUCCAGGUAAGUUAAUCUUUCAUGUUCACCAGGAGAUGGCAGCACUGGCCUCUCCUCUGUUUCUGUCAAUUAAAAAAGAAAAAAAAAGAAAAAACACAAGGUCUUUUUCUAACCGCAUUUUAGCCUUCAUUGUUUUCCAUGAAUUUGAAUUGAUGAAAAUCUUUCCUCUUUGAAUAUCUGGUAACUUAGCUGAGGAGGUGUUUCUCUCAGAAGCACAGAUCCUUUAUGUGUGGGGUAGGGUGAGGUUGGGGAGUGUGGGUGUAUGUGCUGGGGCUUCUCAUAUUGGUCACCUGUCUCUCUCCUGUCCCAGCGCUUGAUGAGGAAAGCUGCUGAGAGCACCUCAUUUUGCCCUUACCUCAUGUGCUUUUAUAAAUAGCUCCUCUCUAUGGGAUGGGGUGAAAGGUAUGCUGGAGUUUAGAUUACCAGCUAUCUGGACCCUCAGCCAUCCAGAAAUAACGUCAGACACCCCCCCACCCCCACCCCCUCCCCCUCCACUGCCUCACUUCCUUCACACCCCUCCUGAGGUUCAGCUGUUGUUGGUGGAGGCAGCUGUCACUGCAAAGUGAGACCCCACGACUCUCCCAAAUCAGUCACCAAUAAACAGGCAGAGAAACUGCCGUCACUGCAAGAUUUCAGGUCCCACCUCCCCCCCCCAGGCACAUGGCACACAAGGCUUAAGUGAAAGAUUUUACCCUGAAGACAAACAGUAUUUGAAAGGAUUUUAUUGAAUUGUAGGCUGCAUGAUACUGUCUCUGACACUCUCUUGGCUCUGACUUUGUGUUGGUUUGAGUUAGGUUGUCAUAGAGGUAGAGUAAUGGUCCAGGGGAUCCCCAGAGGAACGACACUGCAAGCCAUCAUGAUACCUUUUAACUCUGAUAUGAUGGAAUGAUAUUGACAUGAUAUCACAGGCCCGAUAUGACAAAGCCAGUGUAACUUCACCCAUCAGUUUGGAGAAGGCAUAGUAGUAGCUGUGGAUGUUAAUGCCCUCAAGUGUUUUUGGAGCCAGAGUCAACCAUAUGUGAAGCUGAUAGGUCAUUGUAGUUUGACUUUAACUGAGACAAAUCUAUUUGGUAAGAUUCAAGUUUUUUGCAGUGUAGAAAUUAUCCAGUCAACUGGUUGUCAAGUAGUUGCUGGAAAGUGUGUAUGUUUUUUAUUGAUAUUAUACUCAGUAACUUAUGCUAUGUCAAAUGUACAUCGGAGAACAAUACUUUCAAUGAAAUUGUCAUCCUAAAAGUAUAAUGAAACCAUAAUGCAACUCAAAUACAGGGGGGAGGGGGUGUUCUUCUUGACUCUGAAAGAGGCUAUGCCCACUUCUGGAUUGAUGUCUCCAUACAAUAUGUUAUAAUUGCGUACUGAAAGCAUUCUUAGUCAAAAGGGUCGAAUUUAGGGUCUCUGAGGUAAUCCAGUUUUGCAUCUGUGAAUCAUUGUGACUGAGGAAACGGUGAGCCAACAAACGGACUGUGAAGGUUUUUCAGCUCUUCUCAUAGCUCACAAUGGGGUAUUCAUUCGGUCUGUUUUAUAAGAGAUUGAAAAGUCAGGGGAUCAUGUCCAUCUUCAGUUUUUCCAUUCAAGGCUCAACAAGCAUGUUUUGAUUUAGAAAGAAGAAAAGGUAAAAUAGGAAGUGAGAAUUGGUGACUGCUGUAAGGAGAAAACAUUCAUAUGCUGCCAUUCUUCCUCUUGGUCAUAGUGAAACAUACGAGAACUUUUUCAGUGUUUUUUAACUUGUUUUCUUAUUCGCGCUAUCAACCUCUGUCUCCCUGUCCUAAAGGAAGUGGAGCAGCUGCGCCUGGAGCGUCUCCAGAUUGACGAGCAGCUCCGUCAGAUUGGAGUCGGAUACCGCGCUCCCCCCAGCCGAACCGGGGGCCCUGGUGUUGACCGGGAGAAAGGCUACUUGACGGAUGAAAGCAGCAACUCACUGCACACCUCUCGCACCUACGGGGGCCGUGGCAGAGGCCGCAGGGCCUCCAACAGCCAGUACUCUGGAUAUGGUGAGAACAACAGAACAAAACUAUGAUUUCAUUUUGCAGAUAGUAGAGAAUAAAAUGAGGUGAAGAGCUAUUUCUGAUGUGUCUCUGUCCAAUCCAGGAACAAACUCUGAACUGUCCAAUGCCUCAGAGUCAGAGGAUGUCAUUGACAGAGACCAGCGGCCCAGAGGCAUAGGUGGAGAUGAAAGAGGCUCCAGACGGGGUGGCAGGGGCCGGGGCUCCAACUCAGGACGUGGCCGUGGAGGACCAGGAUCUAAGCCUUCCAACUCCAUCAGCUCAGGUAAACAAGAUACUGAUAGACUUGCAUUUUUUUGUGGAUCAACUCAAGAUCCAGAUUUGAAGCAUUUCCCUUGAAAAACUUUGGAAAUGUUAAUGAUCACUCAGUGAUCAACACUCACUUGCUCUUAGUGAGAAAAGUAAACACAUCCACAUGGUUAGGUGUCAGCUGGGGGCACACACUGGGUCAGAACACACAUGCUCAGAGACACUGAUGUUGCUGGUAUGCAGAGGUACUGGUGCCAGUUUUGCCAGCCUGGGAAAUCUUUCUGCAUUGACUCUCUACCAGUCUGUUGGCUUUGUAUCAAAAAGUGGAGUGAUGUCCCGUUAACAGUUCUCAAACUCUGUGCCCAUGUCCAUGCUGUUAUGGUGGCGGGAGCUGUUUUGCAUUGCAUGGAGCAGCCUAUUGGCAGGCUGUUAACAGUCUCAAAGUUACCCCUCAGUGGUCGUUUUUAAGAGGGUACUUCUCAGAGCCAAAUUAUCACCAGAGGGCUCAGUGAUUAAAAACAGUUAAAAUCACUAACUAAAGGACCUUCAGAUUUAAAUUCGGUCUUCAGAAUAGUACUCUGUGCCAGCCUGUCUCAUAUUUAAGCAUACUGGCCUACUCAAAUUUAGUAUUCAGCCAAAAUAAAAAUACUGUGAUGUGACAUGAAACACUGCAUCAAAGUAUGAAUUAGUCAAAAUUAUGGCUGGCUGACAGCCGGCUUUUAUGGAAAAUUAGAGAACUCACACAUUUUCACACUGACUAUAAUUUAAUUCCAACCUGUAUUUCAAGCAUGUGAAAAAGGGGAACAUUACUGGAAUGAAUUGCUGCUAAAUAUGGGCACAAUUAUAGAUUUUGUCAAAUGGUUUUCUGUUUUUUUUUCCAGUGCUGAGAGACCCAGACAGUAACCCGUACUCUCUCCUGGAGGGCGAGGGAGAGCUGGCUGACGCAGAUAUAAGCGACGGCAUGGGAGGAGACCGCCGCAGACGCUCCAGGCGCCGCCGCAAUGACCAGGAGCCCAGCGUGAUGGAUGCUGCUGCAGAGUCUGACAGCCAGGCUGGACCCAGUGAGAAUGGACUGGGUGAGAACUUUGGUAUGGUGGUCUUGUGAUUGUCUGUGAAGCCUCGAACAGGAACUCUAAACUGCUCGCUGACAGGAGUGUAAAUUCUGAUUGUUGCACAUUUUCUCAUUCAACCUUUUAGAUGAAGAGGCACGACCUCAGCGUCGCAACAGAAGUCGGCGCCGCCGUAACCGUGGCAACCGUCCUGAGGGAGGUUCCACCAGCCGUGACAGACAGACAGCUGAUAGUGGUGAGUCAGCCUGUUGAACUAUUUCAAAUAAGUCACAGGUUUGGUUAUUUUCUUUCAAACAGAUGUGUCUGCUCAUUUCCAUCAGCACACAGCACAUCAGUUUAUUAUUGCAACAGGGAUGUGGAUAGCUCAUAAAGACAAACAGUGGGACAUUUUGAGUCUGCAUGUUCACUGUUUGGACAAAUAAGCCUCCAGCUAUUUUUUUCUGGCUGACAGAUUUCAAUGUUUUGCAGUGACUGUUGCUGACUACAUUUCUCGUGCUGAGUCCCAGAGCAGACAGAAUCUGCCUCAGAAGGAAAACCAUGCCGGCCCCGAACCCAAGGUACAGACAGAAACACACACAGAGCUGCCAGCCCAGAGCUUUAUUUGUACAGGACUAGCAUUACUAAGAAACCCUAUAGCAGUUUGGAAGAUAAGGGGAGGUCAUCUGUGAUUUCACUGACAGACUGCAGACAGAUUGCCUCGUGGUUACAUUUGUGGUUGGCUGUUGGCACCCAUGCUAGUUACCAUCAUAGGUUCGCUCUUGUUUCAUUACCUGCUGUCAUUAUGUUCCUUACAGCCUUUAAACGUUGGGUAUGGGCAUGUUGAAACAUUAUAUAUAUUUAUGUUAGUGUUGGGCAGUAUGAACAAAAUCUUAUAUCACAGUGUGAGUAAUUUCAUAUCAUGGUAACGGUAUAUAUCACGGUAUGUUUUUUACCCCUGUAAAUUCUAUUAAUGGCUUACAUAUAACUAUACUGUCACAUUUGUUCAUUUUCCUUUUAUUUUUUAAUACUUGGAUUUGUAUACAAAUGCAAACAAAAUGUCAGACCAGUCUGGCGAUUUUAUAUCAUACGGCGUACCUUUGGUGAAAGACUCUGCCAAGCUCUUUUGUAUGAGAGGAGCUGCUGCAGCUUUAGUUUUAGGUGCAGCGGGUACGCCACACAUCUUCUGGCUCUCAUAAUAGAGCUUGGCGUGUUUCAUCUUUAGGUGGUCGAAGAGGUUGCUGGUGUUUCCUCCUCCAGCAACAACAGCCACACGACACUCUUUGCAUAGUAUUGUUUCUGAUCAUUGUCAGAUUUUCUAACUCUGAAGAAUCUCCAGACAACCAAUGUUGCGACUCGCGCCCCUUUUUGGAAGGAGUUCCUCCUCUUCCAUGUGUUGGGUGGGUCGGGCUGCCUCCGUUUGCUCAGUACUGCCUCUAAUCUCCGCGGCCGCCUUGACCACCAGUGAAGCUGUUUCUUCUUCGUCAAAGCUAUGCCAAGCAGUCUGCUGGACACCCAAACCUGACCAAUCAAACGGAGCGAACAAACUCCUUACGACAUGCUGGUGAAUAUAUGGAAACGCACCCAAACGGAUGCACUCCGGCUUUCCUGUUAGCGAGCGCAGACAACUACACACUGACUCAAAGAGAUGUAGCAGACGUCUGCUCUGUCUCUGGUAUAAACACUAUAGCAAAAUUUCUAGACACUUUUAUCCCGUCACAUGGUAUAUACCGUCAUACUGCCCAACACUAAUUUAUAUAUACAGUAUAUUUAUAUAGGUAUUACAGUACAGAUCAGCAUCAUUAGUUUCUAUUAGAAAGGUCUUACCAAAGAGCACAUUUGCUGCACAAAAACUCAGUUGUAGGGUUUGUCAGUUAUUAUUCAUCCUGUGCAAACUGGGUUUUUGUUUCAUUCAGAUUCGUUAAGAUUUUUGGACCAUUCUCUCAUUUUCCUGUCUUCUGUCCCCACAGGAGAACGGGACCAGCGCCCCAAAGCCGGAGCGAACGCCCUCCAAGCGUUCCCCCAGCAAAGGCAUGACCUCGCCCAGCGAGACCCUGACUCUGGUCAACGGGGUCUCGUAAAGAACCGGCCGUGCCCCUCGCAAACCCAAGUCUAGAGCAAGACUCCAUGGCAAACUUUGUCCCUGCUUGCAUUAACGUAAACCUUAAACAGAUGAGUGAAAAGUACCUGACAAAAUACCUGAAUUCAUACUAUGAGAGUGAAAAAGUACAAAAAAACGACAAACGCAUCUACUUAAAAACACACGUUAACGGUGUAUGCUAUCCUAUCUAUCAGUACUUAGUGCUUAUUUAAAAAAACACUUAGCUUGCCAAAAAAGAGCUGGUGGAUAUGACUUGAUUUUUAAAAAUACUGAAAUAUGAGAAACAGGACAAGACUAUUUUUGUUUUUCAAAAGGUUGUCUUUAUUUGUGUCUUUUUUUUUUUUCUUUCUUUUUUUUGUUAUGUUCAUUUUGUUCAUUGUUUAUCACUGGUUUGGACUUGGCGGUCGCUCUCCCAACCAAAACAGACUCGUCUCUUAACAGUGUUACAUUACAGACAAGAGAGAUGUAAGCUGUCAGGGAGUGGCAUACGAGCAGACAGUCCAAUAGUUUAUGACGUGAUGUUCGCACACUGUACCGGGGAACGGAAGACAGACAGACAGACAGAUUGGAAUAUCGAUAGACAUUGUGCCUUGAAUUUGAAAAAAAAUAAUAAUAAACUUGAGUUUUUCCAUUAAGUUUGUUUUUGUUUCCUGAGAGGAAGAAACGAGGGAGAGUUGUUCUUCUGGGUUUUCCUUAUUUUGGUUCCAAGGAGAGAACAGACCUGUUGAGGGAGUGAUGAGGAAAAAGAGAGAAAAGGAUAGAGAAAAGGAAGAGGUGGCUGGCCAACAAAGUGAGGAAAACAAAGCAGUGCCAAACACAAAAAUUCAAGGCGCUUGUCCUCAUUCCAAGUAGAAUAGACGGCGUCAGGGUCAGUGCGUGCGUGAUGGCGUACGUGUGUUUGUGUGCACAGUUGCGAGAUUUGGCAACCACAAAACUAAACAAGGUGGGGUGAGGUAACAAAACGCAACACAGCCCUAUUAUGCGGGGCACUCUGUCAGGCAUCUCUACCACCACGUCUCUUAUCACCAGGCCUGAAAAACACGGUUCUUUGAGGGUCCAGGGCAGCAUCUGUGCAGCCUCGUUAACCAGGACAGGCUGAGACCAGACGACGGCAGACUUGAACUCUAGACUUAGACUUAAAGGAGAACUAAACCGUGCCUCUUUCUCUGUCAGAGGGGGCAGCGGUGCUAGCUUCCAGCCACACUAGUGUCUUGACAAACCACUGCAGCGCACAGCUCCGGAUGCACACGAGGGCGACCACCUUUCUGGGCAGGGGGGUGCUGCUAGUGGGGGAGAGGGGCCUGGAGACUGCGGGACUGUGGGAAUGGGACAGCUUCAAAUGACAUGAGAGCCACAUGACACACAGGCCCACACUUACAGGUACACUCAAACACACCAGGGUGCGUGUAAGUCGGCGUGGUCGCCCGCGUGGCGCACAGUGAAGGACCGCAGCAGGAAACUGUACUCAAGCCAAGCGUCCGUCUUGUACCUGGCAGUUUGGGCUUGAAAGAUUGAGUAAGAGAGGGACUUGAAAAAAACUUCAGUGGCUCUCUGCUCAUGUUGUUACUGUUGUCUUGGUUACCGCUCUCAAGUUCUUUUUGUUGCUAUUUCCACAUCUUAGAAAAUAUGAAAUAAAAAAUUGAAGUGAAAUCUUCUCUGGAGACGAACUUUGAUUUCUCUGUCUUGUGAGUUUGCAGUCUAUUUUUCUAACUCUGCAUGGCAUUUAGUUAACGAGUAGUCGUUGGUGCCUGUCCUGUGCAUGAGGAAAAAGGGUGUUAUUAAUCUGACUUACAAAGCCAUUGUUUCAUUCACUAGAAUUGCUGCUAAUGUACACAUUGAAUGUCCAACUAAUGUAGGAACUCUACUUUGAAGAGAGAAGAAACUAUUUGUGACUUCAAAAGAAAUCAUUUCUCCUCCUUCUUGCUCAUCUGCCCUGAAAGUUUCUAGAGUUGGAUUCGAGUCAGGAAGGGAUUCCUUUGCUCACAAGUUUUUUUCAGUCUCGCAGAGUAUUAAAAUACAAGCGCAAAAUUGUGCAUGACAAGCAAGUGUCCACAUGACCAAAGGUUUUGACAGACACAUGAACGGGAAUGUGGUUAAAUGGAGAUGACCCAGAUGCUGCUCUUAUACAGUUCUGCUCACCUGUAUGUUGUGUUUUUAAAGGAUGAACGUGCACUUGAGUAUUUGUACCUCGGUUAAGCUGCAUGUGUGCGAGUGGAGUAUGAAGCCCUAUCUGGUAUGUUUGUGUUUACCUUUAUACCUCAUUGUGUGAGUACUGUAUUUUCCUUAUGUAUCUGUACCCCUCCCGUCCUGUUGAAAGACUGCUGGCUGCUUUGUGAGUGUGAGUGUGUGUGUGUGUGCGCGUGUGUGUGUGUGUGUCUGUGUGGAUGCUGAUUGUACAGUCGACUCCUCACUCUGUCAGAUUUUUGUCUCUGGUUUUCUCACUCAUGUUCUGAUGGCAAUAAAGGACUUUUCAUUGUUUGGUAUA